CGAUUCACCGUGAUUGUCAUUUGAGUCACCGUGUUGAAAGCCCCCACCUCAUUUUAAUCUAGACACGCACCUGAUACCAAACUGACACCCCUUUGAAAUAAAACAUUCUAUGUUAGACAUGAUGCACUCUCAUCACAUACUUUGAGGCAUUUGACUAUAGCUCUUGAAAGUAAGCAAAACCCUAACAGGGGAAAUGGGUUGGUUUAACUACAACCACAAGCUGAAGAUUGACUUGUCAACCAAAUGUUUGCUUGUCAUUGAUUAAACUAAUUACUUGUCUUUGGAUGACAGUAAACUGUUCCAACUCUGGUCAAUGUUUGAGUCUCCCUAGUUAAGCAUGCACAUGCUUCUUCUAGUCCAAAGUUGUAUAUCAUUACUCGGGUUACCCAUUGCAUUUCCCUGUGUAGGCUCUGUGUUGCAAGACUAGAUUAGCAGUCAGUGUUCGCAAUACAAAACCACAGUACAGACGGACACCAAAUUCACCAGCGGUGUAGGCCCUUUCAUUACGCCGAUUCUGUUUUGCAACAGAAACCGUUUACUCCAAAAGGAAAACGUUUUGCACUGAAAACAAGAGUUUCUAUUGGACAGAUUCAGGAUGUCUCGGUAUACCGACGAGCCUCGUUUCACCAUUGAGCAGAUUGACCUGCUCCAGCGGCUGAGGAGGACAGGGAUGACCAAGCCAGAGCUCAUUCACGCCCUGGACAUCCUGGAAAGACUGGAUCACCAGCACGGACACAAGUUCGGACGCCGUCCCCAGCCCGCCUAUCAGGGACCGACGCCCAAUUACAACACUAAUUCAACAUCUUCUUCGGCGUCCUCAUCAACGUCCACGACCGCCACACAGACUGGUUACCUGGAGAAUGGGAGUGGAAGUGGUGGGAAUGGCCUGUCGCCAUCGCCUAGCAACAACUAUGAUAUGUCACCGCCCCCUCCGGCGGUUGUAUCCGACCCGGUUGCUAUGGCAGUGGUGGCGCAGAACGGGCAUGGGGUUGGUGGCGGCGAUGAGCUGGUUGCCAUGACGAACGGGAAGUUGUCUCCACCACGGUUUCCUGACAGUGUAGGCGCGGUGAGUGGCGGCGUGACGGGGAGCGGCUACGGGUUUGAAGCCAGCGAGGAGGAACUCGACGUGGACGACAAAGUUGAGGAACUCCUGAGAAGGGACAGUGCCAUAAUCAAGGAGGAGAUCAAGGCAUUCCUGGGGAACAGGCGCAUCUCUCAGGCAGUGGUGGCUCAGGUCACAGGUAUCAGUCAGAGUCGUAUCUCCCAUUGGCUGCUGCAGCAGGGCUCGGACCUUAGCGAACAGAAGAAGAGGGCCUUCUACCGCUGGUACCAGCUGGAGAAGACCACCCCUGGUGCAACUCUGACGAUGCGACCAGCCCCCUUGGCUCUGGAGGACGUGGUGGAGUUGCGGCAGACUCCGCCCCCUAUAAGCUCCACCCCCGGGAGCUUCCGUCUGCGCAGAGGCAGUCGCUUUACCUGGAGGAAAGAAUGUCUGUCUGUGAUGGAGAGUUACUUCAAUGAGAACCAGUACCCUGAUGAAGCUAAAAGAGAGGAGAUCUCUAACGCCUGCAACGCUGUCAUCCAGAAACCAGGGAAGAAGCUGUCUGAUCUGGAGAAGGUCACGUCUCUGAAGGUCUACAACUGGUUCGCCAACCGCCGCAAAGAGAUCAAGAGACGUGCCAACAUAGAAGCAGCAAUCCUGGAGAGCCAUGGGAUUGAAGUCCAGAGCCCUGGAGGACACUCCAACAGCGACGAAAUCGACGGGAAUGACUUCUCUGACCAGGGCUGUGAGGUUCCUCUGUUUGAGAAGAGAGCUGUGACCAGACCUUUCAGUCUCAGUCGACGAGACCUGUCCUCUCCCACACAGGUUCCCACCCUGCUGCCAAGCUGGCUGGCGGCUUGGCCCGGCUCGGGCAGGGGGGGCUUGGCCGUCCAGAGGGCCAGCUCUCUGAUUUGCCGAUCCUUGCUCUCGGGAGCGAGUCUCGCUCAGGGGGCGGGGACAGAGGGUUCCAGACUGACGGGUGUGUCCUGGUCUGCCCCCUCCCCCCCCUCCCUCCAGGACAACUCCUCCACCAAUCACAGCAAUGCCCAGGAGCACCAGGAUCCCAUCACUCUCGCAGUGGAGAUGGCGGCCGUCAAUCAUAGCAUCCUCGCCCUGGCCACGCAGGCGGGGGGAGGAUUGGCCCUGGGCGGGACAGGCAAUGACAUCAAGACCGAGGUGGUGGAGCCCAACUAGGGGGGGGGGACUGUGGAUGA